AUGGCUUCCUGCCCGACAGAAGACAAAUAUGGCUACGAUGAUGACCGGUUUGAGAGCCAUGUCGACGAAAAUUUUCAUUGUUCUAUCUGCUACAAUGUUCUGAAAGGGCCAAGGAUGUGCAGGAAUAACGAACACAUCUUUUGUCAUGAUUGUAUCACGCAACAUCUAAAAGUCAACACUCAAACUUGCCCUGAAUGCAACGAAUAUUUGAGUGUGGAUACGCUUCGUCGGCCGCGUGUGGUGAAUAAUUAUUUGUCUAAGCUCAGAAUAAAUUGUGACUAUGCAAGUCGUGGAUGUCCUGAGUUUAGCUGUCUUGAAGAGCUCGAAAGUCAUGUUGUCACUUGUGGAUUUGCUCCCGUGUUGUGUUUAAAUAUAGAAUGUGGUGUAGAGAUAAACAGGCGAGACAGACUGCAUCAUGAGACUACGGUAUGUGAAUACAGGAAAGUGAAAUGUCACGAGUGUGGACAAAUACAGGAAGUUGUGGGAAGAUUAGAAGGAAGUUUUAUCGAAGUAGACGGGAAAGUGGAAGCAGCAAGGGCGGAAAUGAAAAAUAUGCAUGAUGAAAUGAAGAAUAUCCAUGAUGAAAUGAAACAAGACCAACAAGAAGUGAAGCAAGAAGUGAGAGGUUUAAAAGCAAAUAUUUGGAAAAUGAACAAAGAUGUAGACGACGUCAAGGUGAUGAUGAAUCAAGUAUUACAGAAGUUAAACAUGCUUGAACUGCUCAACAAAGAGCCACCUCCGACUGCAGGAAUGUUGAACACACCAAGGGAGGAUAUUUUGAUUGUAGGGGGUGAUGAUAUUUUCAGCAACACUGGCAGUUGUACAGAAAUAUAUUCCUGGGAAAAAAAUUGUUGGUUUAAGAUUUCGCCAAUGGAUGAAGAGAUUGAAGGGGCUUCAUCAUUUAUUUAUGAAGAUCAGUUGUUUGUUGUUGGGGGAAGUGAUGACGGGAGAGUAAUGAUCAUGGAUCUCAAAGAAGUUCCUUUGAAGUGGACGAAAUGUCCUGGAGAACUUCCUUUUGACUGCGCUAAUCACCAAACUGUUGUUUGCGAUGAUCGUGUCAUUUUCAUUGGUGGAUAUAUCAACAGUUAUUCUGAACUGUAUAACAUGAUUAGUGAACUCCAGGUUACCCCACCUUGCAGUAUAAACGACUUGUGCCACUUACCUUACCCUCGGCAAUGUCAUGCUGCAGAAACAUUUGAAAAUAAAGUUUUGAUCUUAGGAGGACAAGGUUACUACUCUGCUGAUCCUUUAAGCAGCGUGCGGAAAUUUGAUCCAAUUGAAAAUUUAUGUGGAAAGAUGAGGUCGUUGCCGUAUCCCUUGACGCAAAUGGCAACAGUUCGCUGGAGAGAUCAAGUCGUUGUCCUCGGAGGCCGUGACGAGGAGGAUAAAGUUUUGAACGAUGUUUUCAUGUAUGAUUGCAAGGCGGGUAGCACCAAAGCGUUGCCGUCCAUGUUGGAGAAACGAUAUGGAUGUUGUGCGGUUAUUACUGGGGACAUAAUUGUUGUAAUGGGAGGAGAGAAUGAGAACGAUAAAACUCUCAAGUCAGUCGAGUGUUUUACAAUGGGUGGUUCUACAUGGGAGUAUCUUCCUGAAAUGAACUUUGCCCGGUACAGAGCAGUUGCCGAAGUUUUACCAUAUACAAUGAAAUAUAUGUACAGUAAGUGUUUGUAG